AUUAUGUUCUGCUUUUCGCUUACAACGACAAAACGGUUUCUGCCAUAUCUUGUUUUUGCAGGCAGGCGCGAAAAUUUGUAUAUCAAAUUUUCAUAAUUUCGUUCCUUUAGUAAAUAUUGAUUCAGCUAAUUACAUUUUUCUGACGUUGGAUUUAACAAAAAUUGAUUGUGUCUUUCAAAUCCUUAUUUUCAAACAAUGUCAGCUGCACAGCAAUGUGUUAAUGAGGAGGAGGAAUUAGAUGAGGGUGGCCCUAUGGCUAUCCAAAAAUUGGAGGGUAAUGGAAUUACUGCUUCAGAUAUUAAAAAACUUCAAGAUGCUGGCUUUUAUACUGUAGAAUGUGUAGCAUUUGCUCCUAAAAGACAUCUUUUGAGCAUUAAAGGAAUCAGUGAAGCAAAGGCUGACAAAAUAUUGACGGAGGCUUUAAAACUUGUACCAAUGGGAUUUACAACUGCCACUGAAUAUCACAGAAAGCGAUCUGAAAUAAUCCAAAUCACAACAGGUUCAAAAGAAUUGGAUAAAUUGUUGGGAGGUGGUAUAGAGACGGGUUCAAUUACAGAAAUAUUUGGUGAGUUUCGCACUGGUAAAACUCAACUAUGCCAUACGCUAGCUGUCACUUGUCAGCUUCCUAUUGAUUACAAUGGUGGGGAAGGAAAAAGUAUUUAUAUUGAUACGGAAAGCGGUUUCAGACCUGAAAGGCUAGUAGCUGUUUGUGAUAGGUAUCAGUUGUCUAAGGAAGCUGUUUUAGAAAAUGUUGUUUGUGCUAGAGCUCAUAAUACUGAUCAUCAAAUGAAAUUGGUAUUGCUUGCUGCUGCAAUGAUGACAGAAUCAAGGUAUGCACUGCUAAUUGUUGACAGUGCAACUUCAUUAUACAGAACUGAUUUCGUUGGCAGAGGAGAGCUGGCUGAAAGACAGCAACACUUAGCGAAAUUCAUGAGACUAUUACAACGAGUAGCUGAUGUGUUUGGUGUAGCUGUUGUUAUAACAAAUCAAGUGGUUGCUCAGGUAGAUGGAGCUGCUAUGUUUUCUGCUGAUCCUAAAAAGCCAAUUGGUGGACACAUUAUUGCUCAUGCAUCAACUACCAGGUUGUACUUAAGAAAAGGCAGAGGUGAAACAAGAAUUUGUAAGAUAUAUGAUUCACCUUGUCUGCCUGAAGCUGAGGCAAUGUUUGCUAUCAAUCCUGAUGGAAUUGGUGAUGCAAAGGACUAAGCUAAUUUUUUUUUCAAUGCCUUUGUUAUUCAAUUGAGGAAUUGGUACAAUUUACUAUCAACCCUGAUGGAAUCGAUGAUACAAAGGACUAAAGUAAUUAUUCAAUGCCUUUGUUAUUCAAUUCGUGAAGAAGUCAUAUUUGUUAUCCAUCCUGAUGAAAUCUGUGUUGCAAAAGACUAGAGUAAAGGAAAUUGGUGAUGCAAUGAACUAAAAUAUUUGUAUUCAGUACCUUUAUUUUUUUUUAUUGAAAAAAGGCCAUGAUUGCCAUCAAUCCUAAGGGAAUAUGCAGAGGCUUUGUGAACCAUCCUUCCUUUUGGAAUUUAUGACACUGGACUAGGAAACGAAAGUUCUAGGCUUUAGGGGUUAUUCCAUAUCUUGUAAAUUUUUUUAUCAUUUAUUUGAUGUUUAAACAUAUUUAUUCAUCACAUUAUGUAUUUGUCUUUCUUAUUAUGCAAAAUUAUUUUUUAAGAGAAAAAUAUUAUAUUUCUUAUAAUAAAUUAUUUUACUACAAAAUGUAGUAACUCUUAUAUUUCAC